AUGGCCGAUGAGGUUCCAAAGGACCGCGUAAAGGAUCUUAGGCAAGGACCUAGUAUUAGUCAGUGUUUUCUUUUCAGGCAAGAGACAAUUCUUUGUCGUGUUAAGUAUCACAACAACCUCCCCGACAUCGCUUUUGAUCCGAAAUUUUUAACCUAUCCGUUUGAGUCCUCCAGAUUUGUACAGUAUGCAGCCACUUCCCUUGAAAGGAAUCACAAGCAUGAGCUCUUGUGUGAGACUGACGUUGGUGUGGAUGUGGAUCUUAUUGAUCCUGAUGUUUUCGCCCCCGAUCCGUCAGCAACCUUGCACCCUGAUGAUGAGAAACUUUUAGAGGAUGACGAUUCAAAUGCACUAAAUGAUAGGAAAUCACGUCAUCAAAGGUCUGUGGCGUGGCUACGUAAAACAGAAUAUCUCUCCACUGAACAUUACAAUAAGUGGAACAAAACGGAGAAAAUUGAGACUAAACUUGGUCAUAAUAUCAAACAGCGAUUUACAGAAGAAAUUGUAUAUCGUGACCGAGAAAGCCAAAUAAGUGCUAUUCAAGCCACCUUUGCUGCGGCUAAAAAGCCAAUAAAACGACAUUACAGCAAGCCUGGAGUUCACGCUGUUGAAGUUCUCCCUCUCCUCCCCGACUUUAAGCUGUGGCGAUAUCCUUGUGCUCAGGUUAUUUUCGACGAUGAUCCUGCCCGUAAGGGUCAGUCGGUAACCGAGCAACGUGCAGAAGUUAAUCAGGCUGUAAUAAGGGGUAUGGUAGACGAAACUGGCGAUCACUUCGUUGUCUACUUUUUGCCUACGGAAGAAACAAAGCAACUUCGUCGCUUGGAUGCCGAGAACCAUGUUGCAUUCACUGAAGGAGCUUCUUAUGAGUAUGAAAAGGCACGUGAAUAUAAUUGGAACGUAAAAAAUAAAACCAUGGCCAACUACGAGGAGAACUACUUCUUUUUGGAGACACGUGUACGUCUUAGCAAGAGACGAAAGCUGCAGUCAAGCUUUGGAGGGACUUCAACGGCUGCUCUACAGCCCCCAUCGAAGAUGCGUCUUAUUGUGCAGCAUCGUGACUUCACAUACGAAGAGCUUCAAGCUCAAACAGCGCGUCUUGACAUGCUCAAACACGAAUCUGAGGACGAGGAAGAAGAGGAGCAAGCACAAAAUCAAGAAGAAGGUGACGAAGAAGAAGAAGAAAAGGAGCGCUCGCCAGAAAACGAGUCUACAGCGAAUUCUUCUACUUCUUCACCUGCUGCUACCCAAUUGAAAGCUGCUUCUCAGCCACAGUCAGAAAGCGACGAGGCGCGAAGUAGCCAAGAAGAAGACGAGGAACAUCAAGGUUCUCGUUAUGGUUCGGCAUCUAAGCGUCCUGCGACUAAACGUCCUACGGCCUCAUCUGUUUUUUCGGAUGAUGAUGACGAUGAUGAUGAAGAAGAAGAGGGGGAAGAAGGGAAUGAAAAUGAGCACGAUGAUCGUAGAUCGGUUUCAUCUGGUCUUUCCAAUGACAGCGAGCCCCCAACAAGACCAUCACCUCAUUCAACCCGCUACGCAUCGAAGAAGGGGCGCAAAGAGGCCUCUCCUGAUGACGAGAAUAGCGAAAGUGACCAGGAGGAAGAUGCGCGCUCGCCUUCACCCCCUCCGUCGCACCAGCGGCGAAAAUUUGCUCCUCCUCCAUCGAGGUCCGCUGUUCAAAGCGACAGCGACGAGCUCAGCAGCCUCAGCGACUGA